UUCGAACAAUCAGUUUCCAGAUCAGUUGUUCAGUGGCGGGAACUGGUUGACCCUGAGAGUAGUCAUGUUUCCCAUUGAUUGGGUGUGCACUACUGCUCGUUUGGAACCUAUAGAUUAUGUUCGAAAGCCACAGGUUAUCCUACGCUUAAUUAUUGUGAUAUUAGCAGUUGUCAAUAUUGCAAUUGUACAUAACGGCUGCUAUAUUUAUGGGAAGUGCUUGUUUAAUGAAGAUCAGGCAUCUUGUGGAUAUAGUUUGCUUCUUUCUUCGUCAACAUUUAUUCUUUGCCUCGCCUAUCUUUGGUUGGAUUUAAUAGUGGACAAUGUUUCGAGCAUUGACAUACGUUUGCGAAUCGCUAAAUUCGACGUAGUAUUGUCAGGUAUUUGGUCCUUCCUAUGGUUGAUUGCGUUUUGCUUACUUUGCAACCGCUGGCAAAAUACAGAACAAGAUUUUCUCACUCAGAACGACGUUUCACCUAAUGGACCGCGGACUGCUAUUGCAUUCAGUUUUUUCAGCAUGGUUGUAUUAGUUAGCUCAGUUGUAACAGCUUUGAUUCGGAUGUUGACUAAUAUAGCUGUUCUAUUAUUGAGGCUCAGUUUUGACUAGAUAAUUAGCUUGUUGAUUUCUCGUCCACCUUAAAAAAACAUGGACUAUUCGGAUUGUAUUUGUAUAUAAAUAUUAAGACGGCAGGAUAAGAUUCCGUUAACCGGAAAAUUUUGUAGUUUUGUUUCAUUAAAAGGUGUAACGAAGAAAAACAUAAAUCUUUUGAAUGCUGUACUUUGUAUGCUAGUAGUUGGAUUACAGCUUAUGGCAAAGUGUCAUCAAACUUGUGAACCUCAAGUCAGGAUUGCGCAAUAACCCAAUUCUCUCCUAAAAGUCCUCCUAGGAAUCUCAUUUUACUCGUCUGACUUUUUUGAAGUAGAUCUAAUGGGGGAGUCGGUGAUGUAGUUAGAAUACGCAGAUAAGCCAGCCAUGUUUAGUGAAGACGACAAAAUAUAUCCUGAUUGUCUUGAACUGCAAUGCAAACGUGUUUAACAUGUAUUUCACAUCCUCGAAAUACAAAAUUUUGCUUUAAUACCAAUCUGCAUUGCUGCCUAAAUUGUUAAUAGGAAUUGAAGUACCUGAAUACGUUCACUACUUGGUUUGAAAGUCCCGUCAGCCCUAGAGUAUUUUUGGUAUCUGAUGAAACCUUGAUAUAGAUUCAGAGAUCUCACUCGGCUUUUGCAAACGUAUGUUACUUGUGAUGUAUGCUAGAUAUCCGUUUACAAACCAAAAGACAAGUAUACUCCACAGCAGUCAGCUCUGUUUUACUGUGUGACCGUGUUUCGUGUGUUUUUGAUGAUUUGUUAAAUUUUCCUAUUGUUAAAAUCAAUGGAUAGAAUGCUAGUCGAUAGACGAAUACAAUGAUAUAUGGUUUAGUAAUGAAUUCUCACUGGAACAAAUGGUUGAUUUGAGAUUCUAAAUGAUGUGAAAUUAAAACCACCACCACUAAGCAGAUGAAUGGGUUUUCUCGCGUACACCAAAUAAACAUGAUAUAACUUCAUAGGCAAUUAGAAGGAAUUAUCUUGUAGGUCAUUCAGUAUUUAUUAUUAUUUUAUUAUUUAAACAAAUAAACAUUGGUACAAGGAGGCAC